GCCGGUAUCAUCGCUAAUUGGCUGUCUGUUACCCCUGCAGAUAUCCCGUGGACACUCAAGUCACGUCCACAGGCUGGGGUGAAACGGGGCGAUUGGGAGAUGAUGGGCCCAUCAUCUUGGCUUUUAGCAAUUCUCUUCCUCUACUUCUGGGGACUGAUCCAUGCCUCGAAUCUAUCACCAUGUAGCGAUAAGAAAGAUCCACAACCAAUCGCAAUUAGUUUGUCUCUUGAUGCAGUGACUGCCAUCUGUGUCCCUUCCCUUGACCAGGCCGUCGUUCUGGCAUCUGUUCAUCCCCGGACUGUUACAUCGCCUCUUCCCAAUUACGCUAUUAUUACGAAUUUCCUGCGCCAGAACUAUUCUGAAGAACGUCAUGCAAAGCCUCGGCGUCCCUCUGGCCUUUUGAGCAAGCUUUAUAGUUUACGAGACGCUUUGUUUGUUUCCAAAAGCCCAUCCCCGCCAGAAGUGGAUGAAAGGCCCUCCUCAGAUCAGAUAAAGCAAGGCUUUAUAGAGGCAUUGGAAUGGGUGAAAAAUGUAUCCUUGGCGGAAGAUGGUACAAAUAUUACAACUGCAGUCAUCUUAUUCCCACGCUUCUUCAGCCAGGAGGUUCGAAUGCUUGUUGUCGAGGCCUCGGAGGAAGCCGGUAUCAGGCCAUAUGUCCCAGUGAGCCCUCACAAUAUAUUCAAUAUGGCCGAAAACAUACUGGAACAGAACAUCACAUCCGUCGAUCUGGCUGUUCAUUCUCAAAAGCUCCUAAUCGUUGACUAUGGCCUAUUGUACUUCGAUGUUCAGACACAUGGCAGGCGGUGUAAAUUGAACUAUCCAAUCGACUGGAUGGGCUGUAUGAGCAUUCCCAUCAAACUUGUUCAAAGACUAAACUCAACCAACUUGGACAUACAGCAACAGCUUGAUCAAGGUGCUUCAAACAUUCCUCUUCUUGCCGCUGUCCAUCGAUCACGACUGUUGAUGAAGAUGGACGGUCGCGUGGACUCGUCGGAAGAAGAAGUAUCUGAAAAGGACCAGUUCGAAAAAUGGCCUCUUGAUUUAGAUGAUUGGUGGAUUGGUCAGCAGAAGGAGGCCUUCAUCUACUGGAACGAUAUCAAAGCUGUUGAAGCUGAGUACAUCAGCGAGCUAUCAGAAACAUUAGAUAACCUCCUACUUUGCCUCGAAGCUAAAACCCGGGAUGCAGACAACCCCGACGAGGCAUAUUCAAGCUUUGACAAGGUUAUCAUUCUGGGUAAUUCUUGUGAAAGAUCAAUCAUAAGGCAGGCCGUGAGACACAGUGUUGGCGAGCACACUAGAAUUAUUGGAGGUGAAACGGAGUCAGACAUUCUACUAGAAGCUCUAGCUGGUGCUCGUUUGGCUUUCAAGUAUCAUGAAGCUGAACACCGGAUCGAAGAAGACCAGGAUGCUCAUCCGCUAGGUGGCCAUGAAGAGCUGUGAUUCAUUCCACUGUGUCGGCACGCAUAACGAAUACAGUUAAUAUGGCCAAUAAAUUGAGCUAUGUAUAUAAUGGAGGCUUCAAAUCAUGUACGUGAUUCAGUGGGAUGAGUAAGAGAAAAGAACAAAAUACUUAAGGGUCGUCUUUCUCUACAUGAAGAGUCACUCACAGUGUCUGCUAAGAUACGACAAGCGUCUUAUCUGGCCUCUAAUACCCCCUUGACAAUCGCGUUAGAAGAAAAUCGACGACUUCCUUGGGUUACACCGGUCACAAGCUGCGGCCCCGUUAGAAAGAAUCAG